CGAAACAUUUACGAUGAAGCGUUUUACGAUUUAUGUCUUUCGACGCUAGAAUUCCUCCAAUACGCCCUUUAAACGAUUUUUUAUUUGAAUUGUCAAGAUUUCAGUUGCCCAAUGGAAAAGAUUAUGAAAAAUUAAAUAAACGCAUUCUUAAUAACUUAUUAUAUUAUCAGACAAAUUAUUUUGUUACAAUUAUGUUUUUUUUUCUAUUAGUUGGAUCUUUUGCGCCGACUAAGAUGCUUAUGGGUUUAAUUACUGCCUCCAGUUUGGUUAUUGUUUUUAUAUAUUGUACAAAAAAUAAAUACCAGGCAAUGCAAUUUAAACAAAAUCACCCACUUAUAUGUUUCUGUUCAAUAAUUAGUAUUAGUUACCUUAUAAUAUACUUAAUAAAGGCAGUUGCAGUAUUUACAAUGGGAAUAACUCUUCCAGUAUCAUUGAUUAUUAUGCAUUCCUCCAUGAGGAUGCGUAAUAUAAAAAAUAAAUUAGCUAAUACAAUGGAAAAUAUUGGUUUAAAGAAAUCCCCAAUGGGAAUAAUUAUGGAAGGAAUUGGUAUAGAUGAUGAGAGAAAUUCUUACUUCAAAACAAAAUAAUGAAGGAUAUAAGACAAAUAAUUAGAUGAUCAAUUACAUUAUAUGAAGAAUAUCCAAAUAGGAAAUUAUUUUAUAGAUUGAACAUAUUAAUUUUUUAAUAAUCUGAUGUUUUCAAAGCUAUAAAUUAGGGGAAUUAU